AAAAAAAACUACAAGAAAAAAAUAAUUGGCCUUAAACCAGGAAAACAUUCAUCUUCCCCCUUUCCGUUUUUCGCUACCAUUUAUACCAAUAGUCAAUUAUUGGAUCCUGGUAAGAUAUCACUUUCCAGUGCCAUCCAGGCCGAAAGGAAUAAUAUCCGGUUUCCUGGGAUAUUAUUCUAAAUCACUAUUGCGACAAAAAGUCUAACCACAACUUUCGCAUCUUCGUCCGCCCUCACUUUUUCCUAAGGCGGGGCAGUUUUUCUCACAAAGCCCCACAGACGAGCCAACGACACCUUCUUGCGAAUACCUACACACAGUGUUGGCCCAACAUGGCACCGUCAUUUGACCAUCUGCGCGACGCAGACGUCGACGAGGACGAUUACGACGAGGAUGAGAUCGAUAUUUCUGAUCUGCGCGAGAAGUACGAAGUUCAACUCGAACAAGGUUACGACACAUUCGUUGUCAUCGAUGGCCUACCCGAAGUUAACGAGGAGCAAAAGCCUAAGCUCGUAAAAUUCCUGUUGAAGAAGUUGAAUCAGGUCGGAAAGGCUAGAGAAGACCAAGUCUACAUGCCUAUGGAAAAUGGCAAGUCUCUCAGAUUCGCCUUCGUUGAAUAUUCUUCCGCCGCCGAAGCCGCCGCCGCCGUGAGACAACUCGACAUGGUCCCCCUCGACAAGAGACAUACCUUGAGAGUCAACAAGAUGACAGAUGUCGAUCGCUACGGCCGAGAAGGACGAGUAGACGAGAACUAUGUUCCUCCUAAGAUCGAGGAGUUUGUGGAGAAGGAACAUCUGCGUUCGUUCUUAGCUGACCCGAGUGGUCGUGGCCGCGAUCAGUUUGCCAUGUAUCGAGGCGACGUCGUUGGCGUCUUCUGGAAUAACGAGAAGGAGCCCCCCGAGAAUAUCGUCGACCGACAGCACUGGACAGAGAGCUUCGUUGCGUGGUCGCCCCUGGGAACGUUCUUCGUGUCCGUUCAUCAGCAGGGUGUGCAGCUUUGGGGUGGUGCCUCGUGGUCUCGUCAGAGACGGUUUGCGCACCCCUUUGUCAACAUGCUCGAAUUUUCCCCUAACGAAAAGUAUGUGGUCACAUGGUCGAAUAGACCUAUUUCGAUACCUGAUGAGGGACAUCCUCAAUUAUCCCUAGAUGAGGAUGGCAAGAAUUAUGUCAUCUGGGAAGUUGAGACAGCCAAACCUCUCCGUUCCUUCGCGAACAUCGACAUACCUGCCACCAACGAUUCUCAUGCGGCACCGGCAAAGCAGCAGCCCAAGUUCCCCUGGCCGGCGUUCAAGUGGUCUUCUGACGACAGGUACGUGGCGCGGAUGACUCAAGGCUCGUCUAUCUCGGUAUAUGAGCUGCCCCGCAUGAAUCUACUAGACAAGACAACAAUCAAGAUCGAAGGAGUCAUGGAUUUUGAGUGGGCGCCAUCGACUCCUCAAAGGGAGGGGGUGAAGCAGUAUGAGCAGCUCUUCUGCUUUUGGACGCCGGAAAUUGGCAGUAACCCCGCAAAGGUCGGAUUGAUGAGCAUACCUUCGAAGCAGAUCGUUCGAUCCUUGAACCUGUUCAGCGUCACUGAUGCAAAGCUUCAUUGGCAAUCGGAUGCCACCUAUCUCUCUGUAAAGGUUGAUAGGCAUUCGAAAUCCAAGAAAUCGCAGGCCACCACCCUUGAGAUUUUCCGCGUUAGAGAAAAGGGCGUGCCUGUCGAAGUUGUCGACACGAUCAAGGACACGGUUAUCAACUUUGCCUGGGAACCGAAGGGAGAUCGAUUUGUCAUCAUCACGACGACCGAGCCGACGGGCCCUACGGCUGUCGCCCCGAAGACCUCCGUGUCUUUCUUCUGCCCCGAGAAAGCCAAGGGAUCGGCCAUAGGCAACUUCAAGCAUCUACGGACUCUAGAUAAGAAGAAUAGCAAUGCUAUCUAUUGGUCGCCGCGCGGUCGUUUCGUUGUUAUCGGUACGGUUGCCAACCAGCAGAGUUCCGAUAUCGAGUUCUUCGACUUAGACUUCGAGGGCGAGAAGCCAGAGAGCGACAAAGACCUCACCGCUAAUCUCCAGCUCAUGAACACCGCGGACCAUUACGGCGUAACAGAUAUUGCGUGGGACCCGUCGGGACGCUUCGUCGCUUCUUGGGCAUCCGUUUGGAAGCAUACGAUGGAGAAUGGAUACCACCUCUACGAUUUCAAGGGUGAAUUAUUACGAGAAGAACCCGUCGACAAAUUCCGACAAUGGUUAUGGCGCCCAAGACCUCCUACUCUCCUUACCAAGGACGAGCAGAAGCAGAUCCGCAAGAAUCUCCGCGAAUACUCUAAGAUCUUCGAGCAAGAAGAUGCGGAGCGGGGAGCUUCUGCGGACCUGGCGGUGGUUGAGGCCCGCAGACGCCUGCUCGACGAAUGGUUGGCAUGGCGCGAGUCGGUCGAAGCCGAACUCGAGGAGGAAAGGCUCGCGAGAGGCUUGCCGAAGCACCCGGACGAGGCCGGUGCCAAAUUGCCCGAAAACGGAGAGGAACAGGUUAUCGAGGAAAUCGUGGAAGAGGUACUAGAGGAGAGCGAGGAGAUCGUUCCCUAAAGAUCCGGUUCACCGUGGAGGUAACCAACGGCUGGCAAUGAGCGGCGUUCCGUGUAAAGGCAUAUAAUGAGAUUUGCUGCGAGCAUUAAAAAUAGCAUCGCUGAUGACUGAUCAGUCCGAAAGGUUUAGCCGUGCCUCAUCCCCCUGUCGUAUCGCGUCGGGGCUUGCUGGUUUGACUGAAGGGUCCUUUCUCUCCCUCUCUUCCAUAUGCAGCUUUGUGAAUAAUGAGUUACCGUAAAAGCAUAGAUUCAUACAUGUAGAUAGGCUCGGCGCCUGCGAUGUACGAUGAGGCUUAUAAUAUGGAGCACAUGGGUUGAAACUCGC